AUGGACGAGUAUCAGCACGUCAACGUGAGGGGUGCGAGGCUGGCAUACCGCGAGGGCGGCAGCGGCCACGGCAGAGGACAUGUCGUCCUCGUGCAUGCCAACCUGAGCGACGUCAGAAGCUGGGAUGCCAUCUUCCCUCUGCUGGCGUCGAAGCACCACGUGGUCGCGUACAGCAGACGCUACGCAUGGCCGAACGAGCCCAUACCGGCCCACACGGGCGACCCGUGGGAAGAGCAAGCGGAGGACCUGGCCGAGCUGAUUAAGAAGCUGCAUCUCGAGCCGUGCCACAUCGUCGGAAACUCUACGGGCGCGACGCUGGCGCUGCUCGUUGCAAAGAAACACCCGAACCUGGUCGCCACGCUGCUGCUGGAGGAGCCCCCGGUGGUGACGGUUUUCCUGCCCAACAUGCCGCCCGCCCUCCUGGACACGUUCUCACUCCUCUGGCGGCACCCCUGGGCGUUCCUGGCCGUGAUGCGGUUCGGCAUCUUCACAAUCGGGCCGUCGUUCGCGGCCUUCAAGGCCGACAGGGACGAGGAGGGUCUCCAGACGUUUCUUCGUGGCGUCAUCGGGACGGAGCAUUACCGUGCGCUGAGUGACGAACGCGUCGAGCAGGCGCGAGCCAACGUCGGCCCGCACAAGGCGCUGGCAUGCUUUAGCGGCUUACCGCGAAUCACGGAGGACGACGUCAGAGAAAUACACACGACGGCGUAUCUGUUCACGGCGGAGAAGACGUCCGGCGCCCAGAAGGUCAUCAAUCGUUUGCUGGCGAUGGUCAUGCCGCACGCGGAGGAAAUUCAUUUGAGCAAAGCCAGUCAUUUCAUGCACGAAGACAACCCGGCAGUCGUAGCGGAGGCGAUUGACGCGCGUGUGGUCGGAUAAAGAGGGACAGCAUUCGUCUCUGCAAUGUUAGCUUAGGCAAUCUAUUCAUCUUAGUCGUGUCUGUUGAAAAAGUCCUUCUUCCUCUUGACACCGUGUUGCUCGUGCAGAGGGUAAAAAAU